AAUAUCAACAUCUAUAGGAGAUAAUACAUCAAAUUCAGUUAAAUUAGAUAAUAAAUCUUGUUUAGUCAAAUUAGGUAACAGAUCUAGUUCAGUUAAAUUAGGCAACAGAUCUAUUUCAGUUGAAUUCAGCAAUAGAUCUAAUUUAGUUGAAUUAGUUAAUACAUCUUUUGCUAGGUUUAUUAACUUUCAUCAAUUUCUAGUUCAUAUAUACAGUUUAAUAGAUAAAAUAGGUUUAAUCAUUGAAGAAGAUUUAAUAAUAGAGGAAAGUUUUUUCACAGAAAAAGGUUUUAUCAGAGAGACAGGUUUGAUUACAGAUGAAGGUUUGAUUUUAGAAGAGGAUUUAAUUGUAGAAAAAGGUUUGUUUUUUGAGGAAAGUUUAGAUACUGAUAAAGGUUUCUUAUUCUUAGCAUUGUGA